GGACUCAGUAAAGUUUGGUGGGCCUGGGCCUAGAUCAGUGAAGGUUGUUGAUUGUUUGCCCAUAAAUAUUGUAUAUGCAACAAUUUUAAAGAGAAAAUAGAAUGAAACAUUAAAUCCGUAUUGUUAUGAGAUGUACAACAGAUUAGCAUAAAACACGUAAUUGUAUGGAAACAAUCUACAUGACAGAUGCCUUGUAUUUAAUUUUCAAAUAUCAUUUAUUGGUGAAUUAGUUUAUACUUUAAUCCUGUCAAAAUUAUGAAUAAACGUGAAAAGUCAACAAAAAAGUACAGUGUACAGCAGGGAAAGAAAGAAACUGGUCGGUCAGAGCAAGCUUCAAUCAAAAAGAAUAUGAAAGUUGAUGUAGGAAAUGAUUCACCUCAACAUUCUUAUGAUACACGUGUUUCUGGACAUAGUACACCAAUUUUAAAAAAGGAAUAUGUAUAUGACAUAGAAGAUUCUCCUGAAAUUGAUUAUCAUUACAGUCCAAUUUCACUUCCUUGUACUCAAGAUGGGGGCAAUGAAAUUUCUUGGGAUUGGCAGACAACAAGUAGUAAAAAUUCAUACAGUAAUAAACCACAAAGCAACCUCAAUGAAACUCCCAAAAGAACUAAACAAUUACAGAAAAAACGAAAUUCCUUUUCUCCCUUAUUGCAAAAACCACUUAAGAGGAAACAGAUAAAGAUGGAAAAUAUAGAAAAUAUUGGAAAACUAACAGCUGAAUUGAAAGCAUUAUCGGAGAGAAUGAAAGAUAUGCAACAAAACUGUAACAAUCAUGUCACUGAGAAUAAAGAUGGUGGAGAAUGUGAAUCUGAAAAUAAGCUGUUGAUAGGAUUUGAUACUGAAAUUAAUGAUGAUAUAAUGAUACAAGUUGUUGACAAUCACAAAUCUAAUGUAGAUACAAUUGCUAUUAAUAAUAAUAUCAAAAAAAGUUCAAGUUAUGAGGAUUUAUUUGAUGAUUCAAUUGAUGAUUCAAUGGUGAGGUGCAGUCAAGAAAUUGAAGAAAAAUUAAAUUUGCGUAAAAGUACAGAAAAUGAGACUACGGUAGUAAAUAUAGUAAGUGACAAGAAAGAAAAAGAAUUUCACUUUUUAACAUCUAUCAAUUCUACUGGAAGUUCCAGAAGUAUUAAUACUUCUAAAAAUUCUUCAAGCGACACAAGCAGCCAACUAAAAACAUAUUCAAAUAAUUCAAGUAAAAAUUCAGCUUCAAGUUUUUCAAUUUCCAGUUUAAAAAAUACAAGUCUACAGAAAGGUUCCUCUAAAAAUAAUGUUAUACAUACAGCAAAUAAAAAAUUACAAGAGACAAAGAUGUCAGAUUUUCCGGAUGAUUCUUUUGAUGAUUGUUUAGCAACUUUCGUCGAAGAUGACAAGUUAUUAACUAAAUUGUCGGAAUAUGAUUUUAAUGCUCCAAAUUCAGAUGCAAACUCGAGUCAUUCCAAAAAGAAAGGAACUGUUCCUUCAAGGAAUAAACAAUCUUCAAACAGUAAUCUCUCAAAAGCAGUAGUAGAUACUGUAUAUAAUAUCGAAUCAAAUUAUACAGAUGCUAAGUUGAUUGCUGAUGAUCUGGUAGGGGAAUUCGAAUUUAUAACUGAUAAAGAAACAGUACAAAAAUCUUUCCCUGGUAAAACUUCUCUAGAAAACAGGAAGUUCUUUAAAACGAAAAGCUUAUCAGAUCAGUGUUGUUAUCAGAGAAGAAACUGUAAUUUAAAUAAUAAGACAAAUAAAACUUCAAAUAUUGUUGUACUAAAUCCAAAACAAUAUCAGUUGAAUUCAAAUUGUUCAGUAAGUACUAAUUCUGUUACCACAAGUCAAAAUUCUUACAAACCUAAUACACUUGCAUCAAUUAACGGCACGGAAAAUGCGCAUGCACUUGACAGACUGGAAGGAAACGAAGAUGGAGAUCGUAUUGUUAAAUACAAAUCUACUAGCAAUUUAAAUAGCAUAAAAGAAGUGAAAGAAUCGUUGUCGGUACAAUGCACCCCGGAAGAGAUAGAACAAAAAAGGCGGGAAGCAAAGAUGAGACUAGAGGCGAAACGAAAACUGCAGCAAAGUGGUCGAAUGGCCAGUGCUACAUCAGAAGUCCCGAUAAAGAGAUCUGUUAAAAGGUGAUAGACUAACAGUGUUGAGUAAAAUGAGUUAAUGAAACUAUAUUUUACGAUACCCUGUUGUUUUACUUACAAAUACUAAUGUGUCUAUUCCUUGUAUGUUUAUGAUUUCAACUACAUAUUGUGUCUACACAAAUAGUUAUAUAAACAAAAGCUAUUUUUCGAUACAACUUUAAGCAUUCUGUAAAAUCAUGUCAAUAGCUUACAAAUAAUUACUUAUAUUUAUACUUUUCUAUUUUGUUAUCGUUGAAAACAUCACCAUUAUAUUCUAGAAUGUACAGUCAUUCAAUUGUAAUAGCUGUUGAAAUAAUUAUAAAUACAUGUUACAUAAAUUUCUAUAUAUUUAUUUGAUUGUAACGUGUCUAUUUUUCUGUCAUCUAAAUAAUCUUAAGAAAAUAAAUAUUUUUUAAAUUUUUCUAUAACAGUAGUUAAUUAUGUAUGUUUUUUGUCACAAAUAGAUAUACGAAGUUAAGAUUAUGUUGGAUAUGUAGGAAUUAUUGUGCGAGUAGAGUACAUAAUAAAACAUUUUUCGUUAAA